AUGAGGCUGGUCAUAUUUGUGUUCCAGCUUAACCUCUUUAUGAGGUCUGAGGCCCAGAUACCAGAAGCUUGCACUAUUAGCAAUACAAACAGACCUCCAGAAAACUCGGACAUAACUGUGGUUUGUGGCACUGAGUAUAUGGAUCUCAGCAUCUACCUUUGUCCGAUGUACCAAGCAUUUUACAAUGAGACUCUGAUGGUCCUCAAUAAUCAGAUAAACACACCUGAGUGUUAUGGGACUGCUGACUGGAGCGUGGACCCACCAGUCUUAAAAUUCAGAUUCCCCAUGAAUGAAAGUGCUGUCUCAUCCUGCAAUAAUAACUUUAAGAUAAUCAAUGAGGUUGGGACUGCAGAGUUUGCUGACUUCUCAAACGUCCAGUUUGUCAACAUCUCUGGCACUGUUACCUCAAUAGACCCCACUCUGGGUAUGAUCACCUAUCGCAGGAAGAUCCUUUAUAAGUUCUCCUGCUUCUACCCUAUGCAGUACCUCCUGAACAACACCCAAUUAAGCGUAUCAGGUUCCAAUCUUGCCAUACAAGACAACAACGGUAGUUUCAUCAGCACACUGAGUAUGCAGCUCUACCAAGAUGAACUGUACCAAGAGAUGCUUAGUAUCCCACAAACAGGACUAAGCCUGAACACUAUGAUUUAUGUUGCAGUUAAAGCUACAAAUCUAACAGACAGGUUCAACGUGCUGUUGGACAGAUGUUACGCAUCAACACGUCCAUAUCCCAUGCUCAAUACUUAUUAUGACCUUUUUGUAGGGUGUCAACGUGACAAACAAACUAAGGUGGAGCUGAAUGGGGUGUCUCAGGAGGCACACUUCUCCUUUGAGACCUUCAGAUUUGUGGAGCAUAAAAAUCAGACAGUUUCCACUUUCUACCUGCACUGCGUGACCAGGCUCUGUGAGGCGUCCUCGUGCAGCAGUUUAAUGCCUGACUGUGGAGCUUCCUUACGCCGCUGGAAGAGAGAGGCCGAGUACGUUUCAAGCAGCACUACAAUCACUUCGCCCGCCAUCCUCGUUGGCAAUCUUAGCACUGGUGUGACUGUCGGGCUGAGACCCACAAAUAUUUCGUCAUCCUAUCAGACUGAAGAAAAAGACAAAUAUAAAAGUACAUCAUCCCUGAGCUGCUACAGCAGCCCCGUUGUGAUGGGCGUAAUUGUCUGCAAUGUCCUCUUAAGUAUUUGUUUCUCCGUCUGA